GGUAUUCCUCAUAACCGAACCUUCCUCUUGUGUUUCAGCCCUGUUUUAGUUUCUCUUCUCUUCCACCACCGCCUGGUUUUUUUGUUCAACAGUUUUCUCAUCAUAAUCUUUUCCAUGUUUUUCCAAUUACCCAGAUAAUCCCACCCCCUCCAGAAUCUAAAUUUUUUCACUUUUUCCCUUUUCAUCCACAAAAGUUGGUGAUUUUUGUUUUUGUUGUUCUCCGGUGAAGUUUGGAUUUUUGGUCAGAUAGAUAGAUAGAUAGAUAGAUAGAAAGAUAGAUAUUGCUUGGUUCCCUAUCUUUAUUCUUGCUUCCAUUUCCGAUCAACCAUAUAUUUACAUAAAACGAUCAUCAUCUGCUACCAAAUUCUCACCUAAAAGCAAUACUGAUAUCCGAUUCCGGGAUUUGAAUUUGAUUGAGAUUUGUUUGUGGUUGAUGUCGAGUAGAAUCUGAUCUGUGUGGCGAUCGGCGGUGUGUGCAAUUGGAUCCCGAGCUUGGUUUUUCCGGUCAUGGCCAAGUCUGGGUCUUCACUGAAUUACUGGAGGAAUUAUUUCCGGACGGCGAAUUCGGACAUUUUCGGCAUCAUUGACCAUGCCAUCAUGGUUGCCGCUGUGGAUUGUCCCAAGGAGUUCAGGUUGCGGAGGGAUCGAGUUGCUGAGCUCUUGUUUUCGUGUAGGAUGAGCAGGUGUUCGGGUUGCGAAAAGGUGGAGUUGGUGGUGCCUGGUGGUCAUGGUCAUGAUGAUCACUAUGAGGUGGAGCAUGAUGAUGAUGAUGAUGAUGAUCGAGGUGAUAGAGAUUUUGAGGCCGGGGCUAGUAAAGAGAGCAAGGUCAAUAGCAGCAGAGAUGAUCAGAUUGGUGAGAUGAGCAUGAAGAAUGAUCAGGAUAGCAAUUACAGCUAUGGAUUGGCUGAGGCUUUGACCGAUGAGAUUGAACAAGAGUCUCAGGUUAUCGGGGAGGUUUUGAGGAUCAAAGAGAUCUUCCAGAAUAGUGAACAUGAGUCUGAUGCUGUAUUGUUUGAGUCGUUGAGGAAGCUUGAGUUGAUGGCUCUGUCUGUGGAGACUCUCAAGGCAACUGAGAUUGGGAAGCCUGUUAACCGGCUAAGAAAGCAUAGAUCAAUGAAGAUUCGCAAUCUUGUUCGAACACUAAUUGAUGGGUGGAAAGUCAUGGUAGAUGAAUGGGUCAAUGCUACUACAGCUAUUGCUUCUGGGGGAACAGAAGUUAUUUCGGAUUCUGUUGAUCCAUCAGUUGAUGAUGACUUUGAAGAAGGACUUCCCACUCCUCCAUUGGAUGAAGGAGCUUUCUUUGCCACUCAAACCACCUCAAUGGAACUCUCUGAGUUCUUUGAUGGUAUGGAAGAUUAUGGGAAUCCUCGAAACAGUGGGCAAUAUACCAGGAAUCGUGAAAAUGGAAGAAAACCAUCACUGGAGAAACAAAAUGUUGUGAAGCAGGAACAACAGUAUGUUAGUGAUCAGGGAAAUGUGCUUCCCAAGAAAAUAAAAAGUGAAUCAGUGAUGGUCAAACAAGAAGUUGAUGUGAAGCCAAAUAGGCCCUCAAACACCAACUCUGGCCCUCGGAGACCUCCCAAAAUAAGUAUGGAGCGAAAGGGUGUCAGUAGUGUAACAAAUAUUGAACAAAGAACAGAUAAGGUUUCCAUUCAGAAGAGGCAACUCACUGGUCAGCAGCAAGAUAAAUACAAGUGUUCAGAUGAAGUUGCAGUGCAAGUGAAGCUUGAAGCCACAAAAAGGAAACUCCAGGAGAGUUAUCAACAAGCUGAGAAUGCCAAGAAGCAACGGACAGUACAGGUAAUGGAAUUGCAUGAUCUACCCAAGCAGGGGCUUGGCCAUAGGAAUCCACAUUUAAAACCUGGAAACCACAAUCGGCAAAGGGCACAUGGGCGGAGAUUCUGAGCAAGGAAGAAGUUGAUCCAUUGGGUCAGAGUUGGGAUUCAUACAAAACGACAAAAGCUUGAUCUGAUGAGGAGAUCCCCUUUAGCUCAUCAGCAGCCAACAGUGAUGUAGAGGCCCUGGAUUCUGAGAUUAUCCAUUUGCGUUCCCAGGCAGAUGUGGCAUCCUAAUGGAUUUCGAAGCAUAUACCAAGGAUAACAACUCCGAGGAGUUUUUAUUUUAUCCCUUAAAAUGCAAAGACCAUCCUGUAGUGCUAUCAUUUGGCCCGUUGGCGAUUUUAUACAUCAGUAUAAUGGAAAACAAUCAAAACAUGUUUGAAUUACAUCUUCAUUAGUUAGGAGAACUAUACUCAUGUAGAGGAUAUAGAAAGUCAGAACGUGUAGAAGAACAUUUAUCUUUGCUAGCUGAAACUUGCAAGUGAUCCAGAUUAAUUGGGUUGCUUAUGCUCCUUGCAUUAUCUUUCCGAAUGUGGAAUGAUAAUAUUGACCAAACAUGGUUUCUGUUCACAUUGUUACUUGGAGAUCAAAUAAUAUAAACUGACCUCACAGCUGGUUGACGUUUACAAUUCGUGGACGGUUAUUUUGUA